UUAACUGUCAAACAAAACAAAAAAAAAUUGAUUCAUGUUUCGGAAUACCUUAACGGAGUCUUCGCAGAAACAUACAAAAUUUGUAAUUCACUUUUGCUAAAAACGCUAUACAGUGCAAACGUAUCUCUUACAAUUAUUAAUUUAACCUGAUAUUGUGAAAUAAUUAUAAUAUUAUAAUAAAAUGUCUCAGUCACGGUUAGCUUCUUGUGUGCCUCUGCCUCUUGAAAAUAAAGUUUUAGUGGAGGUUAUAGAAAAGGCUAAAGAUUGGGCUCUUAUGCACGGAGUUGGGAUGAGAGAUAAAAAACAUUUUAAUAAGGACGUUAUACAGAUUGCACCUUUUGUGCUAUUGCCGUCUCCAUUUCCAAGGACUGAAUUCAACAAGGCCAUUGAACUGCAGCCAGUUCUGAAUGAACUUAUGCACAAGGUGGCCCAUGACGAGCGAUUCCUGGAGCAGACAUUGCAGAACGCACUGCAAGUUGACGAGUUCACGUCGAAUCUCUACGAUAUCUGGGUGAAGGUCCGAAAUGAGGGGAUCACACAGCCGAUAUCGCUAGGCAUGCUGCGUUCAGACAUCAUGCUGGAAUCUCGGUGCCCACACACAGACAACCAGUGUGCGAAACACACGCCAUACUGUUCGUGGAAGCAAGUUGAGAUCAACAGCAUUGCAUCCGGUUUUGGCCAUCUUGGGCCUGUGUCGAGGGAAAUACAGAGCUACAUCUUGAGAUCUCUGGGUAUGGUGGAUAAAAUCAAACACAUGCCAGAAAACCGGGCCCUGUCGGGUCUGUGCGCGGGUAUUAUAGAAGCAUAUGACCUGUUCGGCGUCCCGGGUUCGGUCGUGUUGUUCGUGGUGGAAGAGGUGUCGUACAAUAUAUGCGAUCAGCGGUUCCACGAGUUUCAGAUCUCAGAGACACGACCGGAUAUACAGGUUAUAAGAAAGACGUUGAAUGAAAUAUACGAAGAGACUGAGUUAAAUGAUAAGAAACAAUUAAUUCUAGAGGGGAAGGCGGUGGCCGUGGUGUACUACAGGUCGGGGUACGAGCCGGCACAGUACCCCAGCUCCAGGGAGUGGGACGCCAGACUCAGGGUGGAGAGGUCCAGUGCAAUAAAAUGCCCCUCGAUCCACUACCAAUUGGCGGGAACAAAGAAGGUGCAACAGGCACUAGCUCUUCCCGGCGCAUUAGAGAAGUUCAUCGGCGCCGGCGCCAGUAGCGGCCGAGUAAGGGAUAUUUUCACUGGCCUCUAUUCGCUGGACUUCGACGAGGCUGGCGAGAGGGCACUGGAGAUGGCCAUAGCUGAUGCUGAGAGGUUCGUGCUGAAGCCGCAGCGCGAGGGCGGCGGCAACAACCUGUACGGCGACGACGUGCGCGACGCGCUGCUGCGCCUGCGCCACAGCCGCGAGCGCGCCGCCUACAUCCUCAUGGAGAGGAUACUCCCGCCUCUGGUGUCGGGCUAUGUGGUGAGGCCCGGGGCUCCGGUGCCGCCUCCGCUCACAGACCUCGUCUCCGAGCUGGGGAUCUUCGGCGUCAUCAUUGGGACCAAAGACAAGAUUUAUUGCAACCGUCAAGUGGGCCACAUGCUGCGUACGAAAUUGGCUGACGCGAACGAAGGCGGCGUCGCUGCCGGACUCGGGGCCCUGGACUCUCCUUAUCUGCUAGAUAUGUAGCUGAUACGGAACUGAAUACACCACGUGUGAAAAGUGAUCAACGUUAUUAAAAGUUGUCCUUAAAAUUAUUUUUAGUGGCACUUUUUAAUUUCUAACAUUUAUAGAUAUAAAGUGUAUCUCAAAAUUUUGUUGUUGAUAUUUAAUUUUUAUUAAGUUUUUGUUUUUCGUGAGCUUAGAAUCUUUUUGUCACAUUGUUAUUACAAAUGACUUAAAAAAAUGUAGAUUAAUUUUAUGUUUAUAACGAAUUUAUUGUAAUCAAUUCACUUAUUAAUUUUAACACCGAAUUUAUACCAAAUAUUACAUAGCAGUAUUUUUAAAAUUUUAAACUCUGUAUUGUACAUCAUUGAAUUUGAUUAUUUUUUUAAAUUACAUAUGUAUAUUUAUAAUUGUCAUUCUAUUAUUUUAGCUAAUACGCCAGUGUUGGUAUUAUUUAUAAAGACCAAGGCAUGUUAUUAGUGUGGACAGGCAGAAACAACGUUUAUAAUGUUCCAAGUCACACACAUUGAAAUAUAAAUAGUAGUAGGACCUGUUUACAAUAUGUAGCCGUCCAAAUCAAAAGGAACCUUAUGGCGGGUGGCACUAAGGUCCUUAUUUCCGUUGUUCGAAUACAAAACAACGGCAAUAAUGGAGAAGUGCCGGGCGCCAUAAGGUCCCUUUUGAUUUUGACGACCACAUAUUUUAUCAGAAAUAGGCCCACUAUUAGUAUUUUUGUCGACAUUCCAUUUUAUUGUAAAUCUUGAUUCUCAGAUAAUUAUUUUAUUGACCAUAAUUAUAAUGUAUUGAUAAUAAUAUAAUGAAUGAAAUACGUAUUGCAUUAAAAUAAGGUGUGAAAUUAUGUCGUAAUUUAAUGUUUAUAUAAAAAUUUGGAUCAGAAUUUUUAAUCUUUGAAGAAAUGUAUUUUAAGAUAUCAGGUAUGUAUUAUGUAUAUUCUAAUAUAUCUACAAAUCUAUAUAGGAAAGAUUUUUGGUGCUGUGUACAAAUUGUUUUAUACGUUUUAUAAAUAGGAAAAUAUAAAAAUAAAGCAAUAUUAUAAGAUAAUAA